UUUGGCGUUCUGUAUAUGAUCACAAUCAACCUGUCAUCAACUAAUACACACACACACACACACACACACACACACACACACACACGACAUCAUGUCAAAUCAACAACCUGUCAAAAUCAUCAAAGCUGACGAAAUUGGUAAACAAGAUGCAGGUUAUACCGAAGGCAUGAGUCGUAAAUCCGCUUUGGUUGGCUGUUGUGAUAAUUUGAGUAGUUCAAUCAUGGACGCCGAACCAAAUAGUUCAAGUGCAAUUCAUCAUCAUGGCGAGCAGAACACAAUCGUAUAUGCACUCUCUGGCAGAGGAUCAAUCGCAUAUGGUCCAGAUAAAUCUCAACGAGUUGAAUUAUUACCAGGAGAUCAUGCCCUGAUUCCCGCUUUUGUCGAGCAUCAAGAGGUAAACGCUAGCAAUGAACCAAUUCGUUGGAUCAUCGUUCGUUCUGGUUCAACGCCAAAAGUUGUGAAUUUGGAAGGUUGGGGUGCCUCGAAAAAGUGAAGAAAUGCUUUGUUUCAACUCACGCGAGCAGGCCACAUUGUAUAACAAACUCUUUAAUUUCGAUUGAAAUGACUACAUGAACUUCUUUUCUUCUAGAUCGAUUCUCUCUUCCAAGGUAUUCCUUCCGAUAUGCGAAAUGAGGUAGAAGGAUGCAAUUUCAGACAUGAAUGAGAACAAACAUUUUUUACGCGGUGGAGGUGGAUAGGAAAGGAUG